GCAAUUUUUUCGCCAUCAGAUGUAUUUUGUGUAAUACAUUGCUUCAUUUUUUAACGUUACAUGCAUUAAAAAAUGUUAAUUGGUUUGUUGUGUGACAAAACUAAAAAAGUUUGUCAGCAUUCGCAAUGGCCUUGACGUCAUAGUUUACUACAGCUGUCAGGACUGACGCAGUGGAGUGGAAUGUAGCUUUAUGGAAGUUGUCAAAAUAUAACAGAUGUAGGUGAAAACUUGUACAAUGUCUGCUGAAUCUCCUCGUAAAUCCGUAAACCCAGCUGGAAAUGUCGUCUUGCCACAGCCAGUUAGUGACAGAUCCAUAAUUGAAAGCGUCGCAGGAUUCAUCAAUGAAGUUGUACCACAGAGUUAUUCAAGUUUGCCCCUGACUGAGGCUAGAGAAGUCAUUACAUGGGCGAGAUUUGAAAAUGCAGAUAUAAAUGAUCCAGCUUUGUAUCCAGAUACGUCUGAUGACAGAAAUGGUACUCCACCACUGCUUCUUAUAUUGGGCUAUGGAAAUGGCAUCCAGGUCUGGGCUAUUCCAGCAAGUGGGGAAGCCAUGGAAGUGCUGUCAUGGCGUCAAGGUGUUGUUCGCACGCUUCGUAUAUUACCGACACCACAAGACUCUGACCAGUUUUCUCAUAAAAGACCUCUAAUAGCAUUAUGUGACAGUGCUGGACCUGGUCCUCAUUUUUGUUCUUUAAGUUUUAUCUCAUUACGCUUUGGAGACCAGGUUAAAAGUAUCAAAUUCAAAAAUCCAGUGAGUGAUGUUCUAGCAAAUCGACGGUCUGUGGUUGUUACAUUUCCAGAACGUGUGGCUGUGUUUGAUGCAGCCACACUUGAGGAUCGGCUGACUGUCACUACAUGCUACCCGUGUCCUGGUCCUAAUCCAAAUCCAGUGGCACUGGGCCCCCGUUGGCUGGCAUAUGCUUCUCGACGCCUGUUACCUGCACGUCGAUCUUCUGGCGGCAGUGAGGGUGACGGUGUACAGUCCUACACUGCUGCUGUUCUUCAUGCAGCAAAAUCUUUAGGCAAAGGCUUACGUGGCUUGGGAGAAACUGUCGCCAGCAGCCUGAGUGCACAACAACGCGGUGGGGCAGGUGCUGUCGGCGUCCUAACUGCACCUUCCUCUACUACUGUUGAGAGUGGUCUCCAGCCAGGAAUUGUCACAAUAAUUGAUAUACAGGGAGCAGCGAGAGGCUGUGAUCGGGAGAGAAGCAACUCUGAGGAAGGUUCUACGGAGAACAUGGUUGCUCAUUUUACUGCUCAUAGUGAACCUGUUGUGGCUUUGGCAUUUGACUCUUCUGGUAUGCUGCUACUGACUGCCGACCGCCGUGGCCAUGACUUCCAUCUGUUUAGAAUACAGCCUCAUCCUUGUGGAUCAUCACUUGCUGCUGUACACCAUCUCUACACUUUGCAUCGUGGGGAUACCACUGCUAAGGUACAAGACAUAGCUUUUGCAACUGACAGCCGAUGGGUGGCAGUUAGCACACAUCGUGGCACAACUCACGUUUUUCCCAUCACACCCUAUGGUGGACCUGUUGGAACACGCACACAUGCUACUCCCCAUGUCGUUAAUAGACUGUCACGUUUCCACCGCAGUGCGGGAUUGACAGGUGAUGCGACAGCGACAGGGCGUAACAGCCCUGUGCCUGAAGCAGUUGCCUCGCCUCCACCACCUAGUGUGCCAUAUAGAAAUCCUCGAUUGCCUCCGUAUCCUCAUCCUACUACAGUGCAACCUUUGGCACAGGUACGGCAGCCCUCAGGACUCCACCCAUCAUCUGCACCUGCUUCUCCAUUGCCAAUUGGACCACAGCAGACGCAGCACCACCAACAACACCAACAGCAAGGUUAUGGCCGGAAUCCGUUGGUACGCCGCACCCAUUCGGCGAGCUCUGAUGAUGGUAUACCUCUCAGAGUAGCAGCUUGCUUUGCACCCCCAAGAGCAUGGCUUGCUGCUUCUCCCACUGGAGCUCGUGAAAAUCCUGGGAAGGCCAACAAACGAGCCGUAGAUUCCCUGUUUGUCAUGGCCUGUCAUGGCAGCCUUGUUGAGUACAGUUUAGAUCCAAGACAUGCAUCAGCAGUUCCCAAGGAGAAGGUUUGUGAUGACACACCAAUAGAACUGAAUGUCCACGCAAAAGCUCAGUGGGUGCUCCUACGCUCAACUUUAUCUGCUGAGCUGUCUCCUCCACUACUAUCUGACAAUCCACUACUGGCACUUCCUGAACGUCCAGCUCCUCACCAUAGUAGUGACGAUGAGACAGAUGCUGAUGAACGCUGGUUGUCACAGGUUGAAAUUGUAACUCAUGCUGGACCCCAUCGUCGUCUCUGGAUGGGUCCACAGUUCACCUUCAAGACAUAUAAUGGUACACCAGGCACUCCCCUCUCUUUACUGGAGGCAGAAGCUGUGGAUAUAGGCAAUGGAACUGGAUCACGACCAGCACGCUCCAAUCCAAUGAACAUGCCCAUUUCAACUGGAGGAACUCGACCUAUAGUACCAGUGUUAAUUGAAUCGGGAUCAAGUAGUAGUUAUGAGCAGUCACCAAGAUUAAUGGAGGUGUAUGGUGGAGAUGGUGUGGAUUCAGAUGGUUCUGCAGGUCCUGGUGAAAUACAAUUAAGAGAAGAUCUAGCAGAUGCCAUGAUGGAAAGCCCCGGAGUAGCUAUUCGAGACACAGGAAGAAGAAUGGUCGUUGGAAACAGAAGCAGCCCCAUAGGCAAGAGAUGUUCAAUUCCCGUCGAAAAAAUUGUGAACCCUGUGGGAACAGUUAUAACAGUGUCCGUGCCUUCGGAUGAGGAAGGAACCACCAUGGUGUCAUAUAAAUCAGUGAGGAACGUGAAUAUCAGUUCCUCCGAGGAAGAAAAUAUCAUGCAUUGGCCAACAAUAGUGAAGCCUAAUGUUCAUGAAGUAGGCGCUUGCAUUAAUGAUGCAGUUGUUGCUGCGGGUAAUAUGACUACGGACAGGGUUAACUGCAAGAAAAGUAAACAAGAAAAUCUUUCGUGUGCAUCUACUGAGAAAAAUUGUUUGCAAAUAAGAGUACAUCUGUCUGAUAAAACAUGUUUGGAAAAUGAAUUGUUGAUGAGAGAUGUGGUUCAGUCAACAAAUAACAAAAAAUCAAAGUUGAAACAAGAAUCUACAAAACAAGAAAGAAACCUUGUAGCUGGUAGUCAAAAAAAGGAAAAAAAUCACAAGCGAAUGAACUUAGAUAGUAUCACAGAAAGACAAAUGAGCACUGACAGCAUGGAUUUUAAUAUGAAAUCAAAGAAAAAUUGUGUGAUGGAUUCUCAUACUACAUCAAAAUAUUGUAAUGAAGAAUGUAGUCAAACUAUUGAGAUGUUGGAAGUUACAGAUACUGACAGACCUGCCUUGGAGAAUGUAAAAACAAACAUUGUUGCUAAAAAAGAAAAUGAGACCUCUGAUGCAAGGAAAAAAAAUUCAGAGACAACUCAAAAUAGACAGGCAACUGAAGAAGUUAAUGAUUCAUAUCUUGCACCUGUAAAGCAAGAAGAUAUUUUGGUACACAGCAGUAAAGAGGAAUAUUUUUGUAACUUAAAAUCACAGAUACAGCUUGAAAACAAGUGCACACUCCCAAGUUUAGAUUUAAGAAAUUCAAGUUUUGGUGAUAUUCACAGUUCUGUUUCUACAUUUAAUACAGAAUUCAGCAGCAGUGUUGUGCCUUCUGCUGCCAAAGUAGGUUCUCGUAAAAGCCAGAUUGAUUCCACAAAGACAGAAACUGAGUCUCAAGUGUUGAAUCUGGAGGACAGCAAUAUUUCAACUAAUAAAGCUGUGGAAGUCCCUUCUCCAAAGUUGUGGAGCAAAAUUGUAGCUACACCUCCCAAAGAUAAGCAAUACUGUCAGCCAGGUAAAUCAGAUAGUUCAAGUUCAUCUACAAAAUUAGAAAACAGUGACAGCACUACAGGGGAAGCAGUUUCUUUAAAAGCAGAAAAACGUGAUUUCACAAAUAGUUCACCACCACCUCAAAAGUGUUUGUCCCAAGUUUCUAAUGUCAAAGAAAUAAAUACUGAAAUUCUAACUCCAGAUGGAAUUACACAGAAGCAACUGGUACCCGAUAACUCACACUGUGAAGAUAUUUCUGAUCAUACCUUCAAGAAGAAAGUUGUCACAGCUUCUUUAUCUCUUAUUGACACUUCAGAAUCUAUAGAUGCUAGUAUCACACUAAGAGAUGAUUACAAUGAUUGUGUAAAAGAGCCAUCAGGGCUGGUCCCAGAUAAUUUGGAAAAAACACUCUUUCCCCAUAAGAUUGAUUCCCAGGUUGAAUCAGUGUCAGAGAGUGUAAUUUUUAAUGACGACGAAGUGGGAAGUGAUACUGGAAAUACUUCUUCACAGUCAAUAAAGAAAAGUCGCCGGUCUAAGAAAAAGAGAAGAUAACUGAAGGAAAAGUAAUAAUGAAAAAUUCUAUAAUAGUGUCUGACUUUGAUCUUGAGGUUGUGAAAGCUAAACUUGCAGUUAGCCAAAUCUGAACUGAGAUUACAUUAGUCAGAUAAAUACAGUGCCUAGGCAAUAAUGUCAGUUUAGUUGAUAGAUUUUUAUUAUUAUUUAUUUGUUGCUAUGUACUUGCAAGUGCCUGUACAUUAAACAAUGUUAUAUUAUGUGGCUGUUCACUUGACAAAGAAUGUGUGAGUUUAUUCAUGAUGACUGUUGUAUCUAAUACAAUACUCAUUUGUAAAAUAAUUGUCUUUGCAGACAAUGCAGAGUAGUUAGUCACUAUAUUUAUUUUCAUGUAGAAAUAUGUUUCACUAUCAUUCAUUGCAGUAUUAUUGCCAUAUUUAUUUACAGGCAGCUCUAUGAAAUAUAUACUUUAAAAGUAACGUCUUGUUUGAUAUCUUGACAAAAAAAAUUAUUUUUAUUCGAGCUUCACUAAGUGAACUUUAAUAAUGUUACUUUUACUUUUGCUGAAUUUGAUUUCAUUAUUUGAAUCAGUUUGUUGGAUUUUAUUCCAUAUUUGUGAUAUUACAUUAUUGUUAUGUGCUAGUAUAUAAUGGAUUUAGGAAAUUUAUUAUUGUACAAGAAGAAGAUUCUGAUAUCUAAAUCUCUCCGUCUAUGUGACAAACCAACAAAAUCUGUGAUCAUGUAAGUUCAUGAUAAAUGAUAUUCAGUAGAGAAGUAUGCAUGUGUGUCUGCUCUUAAACUGUUAUCUUGUAUAAGAUGUGUUCAUUGUAUCAUCUAUGAUAUGAGUGGUGAAUCUUAUUUUCUUUGUCAUCUUAAACAUGCCAAUAGUCAGCAAGAGAUUAAUGUAGUUUGGAACCUAUAAGAUAAUGCCUAAAAUUUCUACAUGUGCUCUGAGCAAGUCAUCCAAAAGUCUUGUGUGCCAAAAUUUUUUAUUCCUGAAUGAGAGAGAUUAGAAAACAUUUGGUAAGCACUGAAACUUGUGAUAUAUGACAGGAAAGAGAGAAAACAAUUUCAUGAGGAAACAUAGUUGUAGCUGUUUCAUAAUUACAUAACUGUGUACUAUUGUAAUACAGACAUGCAGCAGUAUAGAUGGUACAAAAUGUUUGUACUCUUCACUGGAGUAUGUGCUGUGUGACAGGUUACAACUGCUGAAUUCACUAUCAGGACAUUGAUGUAUACAUGUUGCCUGUGGGCAGUGCUUUUCGAAACAAUUCAGUCAAGUUUGCCUCAUGGGUAGUGCAAACUUCUCUUUUUUUUAUAGUGAAAGCUCCAGCUUUUAGAUUGUACAUGUGGUCUGUUUAGAUGGCCCAUGAAAGACGGUGUUCAAGUUUGAGUCCCAGGCUGGACACAAUUUUCCUGCAACUGUGUAACAAGAUGUUAUUGAUGUACAGAAAUUUAUGAAAGCAUGAACUGAUGGGUAAGAAAUAAAUUUUAUCAUUGCUGUAGUCCGUCACAAGAAUCUCAUUAAUAUUAUAGUACAAAAACAUAUUUUUAUAGGUCCCCAUAUUUCAACAGAUAAAAGAAUUUUUGAAGUGUGUGGUCAAUUUUCACUUCUGGACAUAUUUCUUAAUGUAUAUUUAGAGUCAUUCAUAUUCUUAGUGGCUGGAACAUGCAGAAUUAUUGUGUGACAUGCUCUCUAAUAUGCAAUGCAAAAGACAUUGUUGAAGUUUUGUUUUUUGUAUUUCUUAUAUAUUCAUUCUUCAAUGAAUGAUUGAAGCUACAGCACCAAAAAUUAGCUAAAAUUGCACUAGUUUCUAGGAUAUUCUGCCCAUGAGCAGAACUGGAUGAACUAUGCUUAUGAUAUCAUUUUCAUUAUCUUCAACUUUGAUAAACAUCUUUUGCAUCUAUUAUCUCCAUAUCUCACUGGGAUGUUGCUGGUUUAAAGCCACCUAAUUAAAACUUUGCCUUUUUAUUAUUGGAAAAAAAUAAAGAGCAGUUAGUUUUUGCCUAUAGUCUUUCAUAGGGAACUGGAACCUACCGUAAGUAGGAAAUCAAAAGCCGGUCUGGAACUGUGUGGCCCCAAACUUAAUGAACACAUUUGAGAAUUCAUAUUACAGGGUCAGAUUUUUUUCCUAAACUAAUGAUAAUGUUUACUAAAAUAAACUAAACAAGAUUAAAAAGGAGAAAAUGGUAAAAAUGUAAGGUAAAAUUUCACAGAAAGUACAAAUGAAUGUUAAAAGCAGAACAGCAGAAAAUGGGAGCCUGUGAAGUGUAGGAAAUGCAACCAAAAGGAAAUAAAUAGUAAUAAUAAUAAUAAUAAUGCUAGAUAGAAGUAGUGCUGAGCUGCAAACAGGCUUGUAGAAAAGGCUGACCAACAGCUACUCUUGGACAAAGUCAGUUUAGAGUGGCAGAACGCAGUUCUGACAGUCGUCAGUGGUUUUGUGUGUGUGUGUGUGUGUGUGUGUGUGUGUGUGUGUGUGUGUGUGUGUGAGAGAGAGAGAGAGAGAGAGAGAGAGAGAGAGAGAGAGAGAGAGAGAGUGCACUGUGAAGGAUAUUGUCCAGAAGCUUAGCUGUUGGUCAUCCUUUUCGGCAUCUCAGUCUGCCGCUCAUUACGCCUUCUAUUUGGUGUGUAAUGAUGUAUAUUAACAUGCGUAAUUGUACUCCAGACAAACAAACUAACAUACAGUUGUACUGAUGGUUGCUGGUGUCCAAAUGGCACAAUGCUUCAGCGAUUGAUCCUGUCACUAUCAUCAGGUGCACUGCUGAACUUACUUCCUGGUAACUUGAGGGCAGUGGGAGGGGAAAGGAUCAAGGAUACUCACGUCACCACCACCACCCACCCGUCCCACUCAUUGUUUCAUCUGUUGUCCCCUACAAGAGGCGCACUGAUAUAUCAACUCCUGCGGUUUAUAGCAUUUCAUAGUGCUGGUACACUGGCUUGC